AUGCACGACGCACAGUCGGUCGUAGGAGCGAACAAUGCCUGCAUGCCCAACAAGCGCCGCAGACUGGACGACGCUGCUGCAGAGGAAGGUGCGCCAUCCGCCGCAGAGGGCUAUGACCGGCCCUGGGAAGAGGAUUCUCGGACUGCAAGCCACGCGCCUGGUACUGCGGGACGAACGUUUGUUUCAUCGGGACAGCAGAAUGGGAGCGCCUACGGUAGCAGUCAUGUCGCCGCGGAUUAUGCCGCAUCCCAGGGCAUGGGUGCGACUGAGGGUUCCGGCUGGCAGCAGAACUCGGAGUCUUCGGCCUACCCGGAUCUCGCGCCGUACCAGCAGCAGCCCUACUUCUAUGGACAGGCUAAUCAGCCCGGCUAUAACUCCUCAUGGGCCCCGACUGCUCCAGCUUCUCAACCAUAUGGCCACACUGCUACCUCUGGAAGCUACUCUGUUGGAGAGCAAGCUGGGACUGCCACCAUGCCGUACUUUCCUCCUCAACAGCCCAAUGUCAACGGUGCAGAGACCACAGACGUGCCACUCGACGAGCCGAACAGCAACUACAGCCGCUUGCCCUCCCUAGAAGUCUCAAAUCAGUAUGCUUCGUACACCCAGCCGAGUCAUACUGCCGCUCUUGCACAACGAGAAGCGGCGAAAUCGUCAGCGUACUACUUCGACGACGCCAGUAUGCAUCUAAAGAUUCAAAGUCUUCCUAUACUUGACAACCUGGUGUGUCGAACCCGUGUCUUGAGAACCCAUUCGAUUUGGCAUCAGUUCUGUUGCUCCCACUAACGUCUCCGCCAGGCUACUCAGCUCAUCCACACAAUAUCAAAAGCUUCCUUUCCUCAGAUUCAAGACCUGAUGCGAGGCGCUGGAGAGUCCGAAGACACGCAAGCUUACAGGACACUCAAGAAUCUGUUCGACCAGACGAGAAAGGUCUACAGCAGAGACACGCCAUUCAUCGACGCGAUUGCAAUCCAGAUGUUCCAACCUAAUCAACAAGAGAUUAUCCGGAAAGCCAACAUUGCAACCUUCAUCGCCAGCAUCCUGGGCGCGCACGAUGUGAGCUUCUUCCAUCUGAACGAGUUCUUCAUGGAAACGUUCGUACCUCUCGGCCACAGGCUGUUGAAAUGGCAAGGAGCCAUAUACCUCGAUUUGAAGACGCAGAUCUACAUAUCGGCACUCAUGAACAGCGACGGCAGCCCCGAAGCAAUGCUGGACGAGCUGUUCCCGGCCGAUCUCGAUGCCCAGAUCUUGACGCGACAUCCAGACGCUCCUAGCCUCUCACCUAGCGAACAAGACUUCAUUGAUCGCAGUAGAGCUCGCAAGAAGUAUCUCCUCGAAGAGCCGUCGUCGCAGGAAGCAAUUCAUGAGCUCCCUCAGAAGUACCAGUGGAAUGACUUUGUUCGCGAGUUCGCCACUUGCAUCACAAAGAAUGUGGACGGGAUCAUGAACGUGCCAAUACGCUCGCAGACAGCAUCCGGAGGCAAUUCCGCUGCCCGGGCUGCUCAAGAUGCCAACGGCAAUGGCGGUGCUGCUGGAGGAGUAGCCACGCUCGCCAAUGGAGCUAAAGCUGGCGGAUCAGGCGCUCAAGCUCCUGAAUCUCGCAAAGCUGCUGCAGCGGCGUCUACAGUCCGUCAACCGUGGACGAAGCCGGAAGAAGAUGCUCUCCUGGCUGGUCUCGAGCGGGUGAAUGGGCCACACUGGUCGCAGAUCUUGGCUCUCUACGGACGGGGAGGGUCUGUGAGCGAAGUGCUCAAAGACCGAAAUCAGGUGCAGCUGAAAGACAAGGCUCGCAAUUUGAAACUGUGGUAUUUGAAAACCGGCAAGGAGGUGCCACCUGCUUUGAGGGGUGUGACUGGGGAACUGAGAAAGCGAGGUGGAGCGCGGGCGAGGGCUGCAUUGGGAUUAAUGGAUGAGGAAGAGCAGAGCGCUGGUGCCGACGGAGAUGACGAUGAGGCGGACAAGGCGACUUCGAAGCGAUCGAAGAAGAAGACGAGUAAGAAGUGA